CUAAAUUUGAGAUUGGACCACGAAGCAGCUGCUGUCUCGAAGGACGGGUGCUAACCUACAUUUUAAAGCUACAACCUCUAUGAGAAAUAAUGUUAAAUACCACAAGCGAGCUCCGACUGACAGUAAUGUUUACAUCGGAAGUCGACUUCUACGCACUUCCCUAGCAACAACACUCCUUGACAACAGCUAAUGACCACAAGCUAAAGAAUGGCAGGAACAGAUGCUAAUACAUCACUAUGGGAACAAAUUUGCCAAGAGUUUGAAGCUGAGCAGCCCAGCCCUCCUAAACAGAAGCAGAAGGCAUUAGUGGAUGAUGAUCAUCCGACGUGCACGGAGCCUCUUUCUAGUACUAGUGGCUUGAAAGUAGUUCCUCAUCAGAAGCGCCCUAAGACAGCUGAAACUACACCGUCUCCACAGAAUAAUGAACGUCCGGUCAAGCGGUUCUUGGAGAAAAUAGUGUUCCCUGUAUUAUUACCUGGGCUUGAAGCUUUGCUGCGAGAAGCCCAGAAAGCUGGCGCUUUUGAGAGAAAAGUGACCAGAUUUCUCCCCUGUGACUUCCUAACUGAGUAUCUCUACAAUCAGAACCCCCAGAGGCAGGGACAGGAUCCAGUGAACUUUUUUGACAUUCCCUUUGUCAGUGACUGGCUGAAAGAGCAUCCUAGACCUCCCAUCCCUUUGUUUCUACUGCUCAGUGAGGAGGAGGCUGCCCUGAUUGUCCAGUCUUUCUGGAGAGGAUAUAAGGUCAGAAUACGGCCUGAUGUGCAGGAAUUACGUAAAUUUCAAAAGGAGCAGAGGGAGAAAAGUGACAUUACCACAACGGUUGCACGUUUCUGGGCCCGGCAAGAGAGACGAGUUGCUAUGAUGAAGGCAGCGCAGGCAAAGAAGCUUGAUGCUGACGUCUCUGCCCCUCAGUUGAGCAUGAAUCACACCAACCAGGAGACCCCAGGGACCAGUGAGAUGCAGACCAUCAACCCGGGUGAGGAAACGGAAACAUCCUCGACAUGACUGAGCAAUACCCUUACUUUUACACUGAAGGAUAAAAUAACACUUGAACACUUGAGCUAAGUUGUUUGUGUUAUGUAUUUUCUGUGAAAUAAUUAUCUCCUUGUUCUAUGUGUUUUUUAUGGUGUUAUACGGCUGUUAGACUUUGUUACCCUGAAGUCAAACUGACCAAAGUAAUCAGUAAAAGUUGCUGUACAAAGGCCUACAGGACCUGAUCCAUGUCCAAUCAUUUUAUUGCUCCCAUUGCCUCUCUGACUGAUCACUUCCCUUCAUGCGUCUUACCCAAUAAAUUAAUUCCAUAUAACUUAGUUCCCGUAAUGCUGCCAGAAGGGAAACCUCUUGGAACAGACCUGAUAUUUUCUCUUGGCACCUCCUGCUGAUGUCUCACCAGAGGACAACCGUAUUUCCUCGUUCUGUCUCUUCUUUUAUUAUCGCAGCAAUACAUAUAAUAAAAAAGGUCGUAGCUUUUCCAUUUAGGCAGACAAUGAAGGCCGGAGUGAGGAGUGAGGAGUGACUUGGCCUUGGCGGCAGCACUUUCUGUCCUGUUUACCAGGAAAGGAAAUGUCCCUGUCAGGGAAUCAGAGAAUAAAAACAAUGUUUUAAAUGCCAAGGAUCACUGGUGAAUGAUUGUUGUCUGUAUUACGGAACACAUUAAUUAUUAUUCUCUUGAAAUAUUUAUCAUUUAUGUAGAUGUAGCACGUUUCCUUGUUCAAUAAUAUGUAUUCAACACUAACAGAUACAUUUAUCAGCAAUCCCUGUGGUGAUCAAGCAUUGUCUCAAUCUUUUCAUGGAUCAUCCUUGAAUGAGUUCAUGAAAUUUGACUUGCAAAAAUAAAACCCUACACGAUGC